AUGGCUGCUAUGAUCACGACGCAGAAGCUCACCCAGUUCCCAGAAAUUCUAAAACACCCUCGUAUUCAUUUCAUCGAGAAACCCAAAAACUGGGUUCAAUUCAACAACAAUAAUUUCAGUAAAUCUUUUCAAGUAAUCUCAUCAUCCCUUGUAACUGAUUCAAAUGUUUGUUCACGCUCAAAGAACUCAGAAGUUGGCGAGAAGUUUUAUGGUAAAGCUCGAAAUUUGGUCCAAGAGUUCAAUCCCAAAAUCCCAGUAGAAGAAGCGUGGACCCCACCAAGCUCCUGGUACACAGACCCUGACUUCUACUCUCUUGAGCUUGAUCAAGUAUUCUACAGAGGCUGGCAUCCUGUUGGAUACACUGAACAGAUUAAAGAGCCUGGGCAAUUUUUCUCUGGCAGAUUGGGGAAUAUCGAAUAUGUGGUGUGUCGGGAUGAAAGUGGCACAUUACGUGCAUUUCACAACGUGUGUCGCCAUCAUGCAUCCCUUCUUGCCUCUGGAACUGGGAAUAAAUCAUGUUUUGUCUGCCCAUAUCAUGGAUGGACUUAUGGGUUGGAUGGAGCACUUUUGAAAGCAACAAGAAUAACUGGAAUCAAGAACUUCAAAGUGAAUGAAAUGGGACUUGUUCCCAUUAGAGUUGCCAUUUGGGGGCCGUUUGUGUUACUUAAUUUUGAAGGAGGUUUUCCUAAAGAAGAUUUUGAUACCAAUGUUGUGGGAAAUGAAUGGCUGGGUACUCCAGCAGAUCUACUGAGUGCAACUGGUGUUGAUGAUUCACUGGAUUAUGUUUGUCGACGUGAAUAUACAAUUGAAUGUAACUGGAAGGUAUUCUGCGACAACUACUUAGAUGGAGGUUAUCAUGUGCCAUAUGCACAUAAAGGUCUUGCAUCUGGUCUCAAUCUAGAGUCAUAUUCCAUCAAGAUGUUUGAGAAAGUUAGCAUCCAAAGUUGUGAUGGUGGUGCCGUGAAUAGUGAUGAAGAAUAUGAUCGACUUGGCUCAAAUGCAUUAUAUGCUUUUGUCUAUCCAAACUUUAUGAUUAAUAGGUAUGGACCAUGGAUGGAUACCAACCUUGUAGUCCCAUUGGGACCACGGAAAUGCCAAGUGAUAUUCGAUUAUUUUCUUGAUCCUUCUCUUAGUGAUAACGGUGAUUUUAUUGAAAAGAGUUUGGAGGACAGUGAGAAAGUGCAGAUGGAAGACAUAAUUUUAAGUGAAGCUGUUCAACGGGGCCUCGAGUCUCCGGCAUACAACAUUGGUCGAUACAGUCCAAAUGAUGCAGUAACCCUCUCUCCUGGGGUUCCAGAGAUCCUUGAGAAAGAGGAUCAUUUUACUGAAAUGCAGCCAAAGAAAUGCUAUGAAUGCUCUCCUGAGUCCUUUGAGGUUCAUACCAAUAAUGAUGAUAUUAGUCCUGCACCAUCUCCCUAA